UUCAUGUUUGUUUGCAGAUAUGCUCAAUACGGUGAUGUUUCUCCCAAAGUAGAUGUAUAUGCCUUUGGGGUUGUACUCUAUGAGCUUAUUUCUGCUAAAGAAGCUAUUGUCAAGGCAAAUGGCUCUCUUGCUGAAUCAAAGGGUCUUGUUGCCCUGUCUGAGGAAUCUCUUGAUGAGCCUGAUCCUAAAGAAGCAUUUUACAAGCUUGUUGAUGAGAGACUAGGAGAUAAUUACCCACUAGACGCUGUGUUCAAGAUGGCUCAGCUUGCCAAAGCGUGUACACAUGAAAACCCUCAGCUACGACCGAGUAUGAGAUCCAUAGUGGUUGCUUUAAUGACACUUUCAUCAUCAACAGAGGAUUGAGAUGUUGGUUCUUUCUAUGAAAAU